AUGGUCAGCUUCAAGUCUGUUGCCGCCGUCGUCGGCUUCGUCGCCAGCGCCUCUGCCGCUGCCAUCGACAGCACCCUGGUCGACAAGCGCGCUGCUUGCGUGUACACUUGCGGCUCUGUCUGCUACUGGCAGUCCGACAUUGACGCUGCUCUAUCCAAGGGAUACAGCCUGUACAAGUCUGGUGAUGACGAAGACUCCUACCCUCACCAGUACAACGACUACGAGGGCUUCAAGUUCCCUACCGCUUCCCCUUGGUACGAAUUCCCCAUUCUGUCCUCCUUCGACGUCUACACCGGCGGCAGCCCCGGACCCGACCGAGUCAUUUUCGACUCCAAGGGCAACUUCGACUCUGUCAUCACCCACACCGGAGCCAGCGGCGACGACUUUGUUGCUUGCAAGAAGGAUUAA